AUUGGCCGAGCGGUUGUCAGGGUGUUUAUAGGAAACAUGGCUUCUUUGGCUGUUGGAGAGCUGCAAGAAAUGGAAGUGGAUCGAAGGGGUGAGUCUGAGGAGUCUGGUGAUGAUGAGACCAGGAGGAGGAGUAUCAAUGGUGAGGUGGACCCAAACCAGCCUUCUGCCACAAUUACAGAGGAGUCUCCUGUUGACAUGGACACCAUAACUUUGGACCCAGAAGAAGAGGAUGUUGAUCUUGUUCAUUGUCGUAUUGGAAAAAUUGAAGGCCUGGAGGUGCUACAAAAGGCUAAAACGCUCUCCUUACGACAGAACUUGAUCAAAAAGAUAGAAAACCUGGACAGUUUGAACUCACUACGAGAAUUAGAUCUUUACGACAAUCAGAUCCGCAAACUGGAGAACCUGCAAAACCUCACAGAGUUGGAGCAACUUGAUGUUUCCUUCAACCUUUUGAGGAAGGUGGAGAAUUUGGAGCAGCUGACUCGACUUAAGAAACUUUUUUUGCUUCACAACAAAAUCAGCAACAUUGCCAACCUGGACAACAUCCCAGGUCUGGAGAUGCUGGAGCUUGGUUCUAAUCGCAUUAGGGUAAUUGAGAACUUGGAUGCACUCUCAUCUUUGCAAAGCUUGUAUCUUGGCACCAAUAAAAUAACAAAGCUUCAGAAUAUGGACAGUUUACAUAACCUGACUGUUUUGAGCAUUCAGAGUAACCGGAUUACUAAAAUUGAGGGGCUACAGAACCUUGUCAACUUGAAAGAGCUAUAUUUGAGUCACAAUGGGGUUGAGGUCAUUGAGGGCCUGGAAAACAACAAAAAGCUAACCACACUGGACAUCGCAGCUAAUCGAGUAAAGAAAAUUGAAAAUAUCAGCCAUCUGACAGAACUGCAGGAGUUCUGGAUGAAUGAUAAUCAGAUUGACAACUGGUCAGAUCUUGACGAGCUGAAGAAUGCCAAGACUCUGGAGACUGUCUACCUCGAAAGAAACCCACUACAGAAAGAUCCACAGUACCGGAGAAAGAUCAUGCUGGCUUUGCCCAGUGUCCGCCAGAUAGAUGCUACCUUUAUCCGCUUCUAAACUGCAGUUUAAGAUCCACCUGCCAGCCUCAGUGUUUUCCCUUUCACCUUCCUGCCUGCCAUGCCUACAGAAACACCCUCUAAAGCAUAUUGGCCUCACUAGAUCAUAUAGUCACUCCAUAUACAACACAAAACUCAUGACAUCCAUGACUCACUCAGCAUACAUGUAUGCACUCAUUUAAACCUUAAUCUAUGUUGUUGUGCGGAAGCUUUUUAUUAAUAAGGUUGAAUUGUGAAAAUGGAGAAACUGUCCCACACCCGUUUCCUCAUUUCUUUUUUCCUCUGCCCUUUUUUUUUAUUAUUAUUUUGCAUGUGGGGUGCAGCUUGGAUUCCCAAAUCAUGCAGUGCUCAUCAGGAAAAAGUAAUCUAUUUAUUGAUCACACAACUGAGGUGCACUGUUGUCAUGUAGGAGGAAAAAGUUGCAUUAUUACUAUUUUAGGGAAUUUGUGGGUUUUUUUUUCCCUCUUGGUUGUACCGAAUGUUGCCAUUUUCAUAAACUAAACAAAUAAAUAAAAGACCAAUUCAACAUGAAAUAGUAAUUCAAUUUAAACUAAAUAUCUAAUACUUUUUUGGGGGCUUCAAAACAAACCCAGGUACCAUACUUAACAGUAAGAGUAACAUUUAAAUAGGAGCCAUAAGACACCAUAUUGAUACGCUGAUUUUAACUCAGAAAAGUGGUACUUGAAUAAAUCAGUGUGUUUUUUU